AGUCUUGAACAUGCUGUUAAAAAAUGUUAGUCGCGAUUAAGUUGUUUCAAAAAACGUAUUUACAAAUUUAAUUUAAGAAUUUGGUCUUUUAAACAUUAUCCUUCGGUAAAUGGAGAAUCGGCACUUUAGUUGUUGGUUGUGUGUGAAGUGUCGCCAUGCUAUUGGUGGAACUAGAUUAGGUUGUGACCUGCAAAGGGUGCAUUUUGGCUCACCACCAUAAAAUAUGUUAUGUUCAUCAUAUACCUCAUUAUCUUACAUGUGCCAUUUCACCUAACCAUAAUUAGUGUUUUUUUUCUUUUCAAAAUUUGAAAACAAACAUUUAAUAUUAAAGUUAACUAGAGUUAGUUAAAAAGAUAGGCGUAUGAUGAGCAUACACCAUAGUUAUGAUGAUGAUCAAAAAUGUUCCUGACCUGCAAAGCAAAAGAUCCACCCUCGCCCAACACGAGAAUAUUUUUGCUCACCACUCUAUUUAUUACAGUUGGAUAAGUUUAAAUUUCGAGAUUUGUGUAAAGAUAGAUCAAAUCUCAAAAUUUAAAUUCAUUUAAAGAUGAUAAAUAAAAUGAUGAGCAUUUACCACGAUUUGAGGGUGAUGACCAAAAAUACACCCGCCCAACAUAGGUGCGGUGCCGGUCUGGUAUCACGAGAAGGUGCUUUCAUUGCUAAAUCACAAAUCAAAAUGUUUACAUAAUAAGGUAAAUCUCAACCAGUGAGGACGAUUUAUUUGAAAUUUAAAAUUUAUUAAAUUAAUCAAAGAACACUUGACACGGACACCCCCAAGCGUACGUUAGAACGGACCCCGUGUCCCCUCGCUUUUUUAUUUCUCUCCCUCUCUCUCCGGAUACACGGGACGGUUUCGAAAUGUUCGCUUAGAUUUCCGUCGCAGAGCUGACACUGAGGCAUAAACAGUCCCUCUGCUUCUCCUUUGACCUCCCCCACCCCCGGUGCAGUUUCGCCUCCUCCACCACCUCCUCCUCCGUCUUCUUCAAUCUCUCUCUCCUCUCGCUUUCAGAUCGUUUUUCAGAUCGUUAUCCACACUCCGCAUUUUACACAGUCGGCGGCACAAUUUUCUGUGUCAAAUUUUGGACAAGGUUUCUAUAAUUUUGCUAUGCGGGGUCGUCAUCUUGAUGCCUACUCGGCAUACAAGCGUGUGGCGUCCAAGGACCCUAUCAAUGCUUAUGAUAGAGAAGAAAGUGCAGUAGGUUUAGUGAAUGGAAAGGGUAUUGGAAACCCUUCAUGGAAGCGCUCCUUGCCGCAUAUGCUUGUUGCAGCUCUUUCUUCGUUCCUAUAUGGCUACCAUCUUGGGGUGGUUAACGAGACACUAGAUAGCAUUUCUUUGGACCUUGGCUUCAGUGGGAAUCCUUUGGCGAAGGGUCUAGUAGUGAGUACCUGUUUAGGUGGUGCUUUUGUUGGAUCUAUAUUUAGUGGUUGGAUUCUAGAUGGAGUUGGGCAUCGAAGAGCAUUCCAGAUGUGUGCAUUGCCGAUGAUAAUCGGUGCAUCAAUGAGUGCAACAACCAAAAGUCUAUGGGGCAUGCUUCUAGGGAGGAUAUUUGUUGGUACUGGGAUGGGAAUUGGCCCACCUGUUGCUGCUAUCUAUGUGUCAGAGAUUUCACCAGCUUUUGUACGGGGUACUUUUGGGAGCUUCACACAAAUUUCUACAUGUCUUGGACUUAUGGGGUCUCUCUUUAUUGGACUCCCGGCCAAGGAUGUAGUGGGUUGGUGGCGGGUUUGUUUUUGGGUAUCUACUGUUCCUGCUGCAGUGUUAGCUGUUUGCAUGGAGUUCUGUGCAGAGAGUCCUCAGUGGCUUUUCAAGAGAGGACGAGGUACUGAAGCUGAAGUUGAAUUUGAGAAACUUUUAGGAGCAGCACAUGUUAAAUUUGCAAUGGCAGAAUUGUCAAAGUCUGACAGAGGGGAUGAACUAGAGACAGUAAAGUUCUCUGAGCUACUGUAUGGCCGACAUUUCAAAAUGGUUUUCAUUGGGUCUACCAUUUUUGCUUUACAACAGCUGACAGGCAUAAAUGCUGUGUUCUAUUUCUCUUCAACUGUUUUUAAAAGCUUUGGGGUGCCUUCAGCUCUGGCUAACGUAUGUGUUGGAAUCGCAAAUCUAUCGGGGUCAAUUCUUGCAAUGAUAUUGAUGGAUAAGCUUGGAAGAAAGGUGCUUCUUCUUGGAAGUUUUUCUGGCAUGGCAGUGGCAAUGGGUCUUCAAGUAACUGGAGCAAGUUCUUAUACAUCAGGGUCUGGAGCAUUGAGUCUAUCUGUUGGCGGCAUGCUGCUGUUUGUGUUCAUGUUUGCUACUGGUGCUGGUCCAGUGCCUGGUCUCCUCCUAUCAGAAAUUCUUCCUGGCCGUAUUAGGGCAAAAGCAAUGGCAGUUUGCAUGGCCGUGCAUUGGGUGAUAAAUUUCUUUGUUGGCCUGUUGUUUUUACCGUUGCUGGAGCAAAUCGGGCCACAAAUUCUGUAUACAAUCUUUGCUACAUUUUGUCUACUGGCCGUUCUUUUUGUGAAGAGAAACGUAAUAGAAACAAAAGGAAAGUCCCUCCAAGAAAUUGAAAUUGCACUUGUUCCACCACAAUGAAGGGAGAUAGUGAACAAUAAGCUAGUAUGGAUACGUCUGCCUGAAUUCCCUUUGGAAGUUAUCGUCGCGUUGUAACCUGUAGCUGGGGAGUUUGGGAACUAAUUAUCAGGUGCUCACCCUGCAAGGCCUAUGUAAAUUACGAGAGCUGUUUUCUUCCUUGAAUAUUUGUGGGCCUACUGAAACUUACAGUGCAAUGUAAUACAUGAAGGACCCGACUUCCUCAAUAAUUUAUAAUACAACUGUUCCAUCAAAAUUAUGACAUGAUUCUUCGAAAUAGUUGACCU